AUGGCAGUAGGAUGGCUCCAUGCCCAGGUGAAUGCUUUUCCAGACAUCAGGCAUCCAGAAGAGCUCUCCCUUUUGAGGAAACCCAGAGAUCCAUCAAAGAAAAAAAAGAAGAAGCUGGAUGAUCAAUGUGAAGACGACGCCUUCGAGCUGGAGGGUCCACUGAUCACGCCAGGGUCUGGCACCGAUAUUCUUUACAUCGGCCCCGUCAAAGGAAACAUAUAUUCAAGCCCAGGACUCUAUAGUAAAACGAUGACACCAACCUACGACGCUCACGAUGGCAGUCCCCUGUCACCCACUUCAGCCUGGUUUGGUGACAGUGCCUUGUCAGAGGGGAACCCGGGCAUCCUGGCUGUGAGCCAGCCAGUCACCUCCCCGGAGUCCUUAGCAAAAAUGUACAAACCACAGGCGCUGCUCGAUAAAGCCAAAAUCAACCAAGGAUGGUUGGAUUCAUCCCGAUCUCUUAUGGAGCAGGAGGUGAAAGAAAAUGAGGCUUUGCUGCUCCGGUUCAAGUACUACAGCUUUUUUGACCUGAAUCCAAAGUACGACGCGAUCAGGAUCAACCAGCUGUACGAGCAGUCCAAAUGGGCCAUUCUGCUGGAGGAGAUCGAGUGCACGGAGGAAGAAAUGAUGAUGUUUGCAGCGCUGCAGUACCACAUCAAUAAACUGUCCAUCAUGUCCUCGGAAAACCACCUGAACAACAGUGACAAGGACGUGGAUGAGGUGGACGCGGCGCUCUCAGAUCUGGAAAUUACUUUGGAGGGUGGAAAAACGUCAACCAUCCUG